AUGAGCCACCACUGCCACGACGAAGCACACGCCCACGGACACGGUCACGAUGACCACGACCACGACCAUGACGAAUCGCCCGAUUCCGGACUGGUCCAUGAAUCCCUCUACCAACGCAUCGACCACGACAAUGUCACCUGUCUCAACGAGGCCGUGCCCGGCUCUGGGCGGAGUGUUCUCAAACCCUGGCACGAGAAGAUGGACGAUACCAAGUUUGUGGAGAGUGACGCGGAUGAACAGCUCAUUUUCAGGAUCCCAUUCACAGGGCUGGUCAAGCUGAAGUCGAUAACACUCAGAAAUGACUCUGGAGAGACCGCACCCCGCAAGAUGAAAGCUUUCGUGAACAAGGACGAUCUGGAUUUCGAUAAUGCAGAGUCAACCGUCCCGACUCAGGAAUGGGAUCUUGUCGAAGAUACACAUGGACAAGUGGCAGAGUACUCUACAAGGGUGGCAAAGUUUUCAAGCAUCCGUAGCUUGACACUGUUCUUUAGCGAAAACUUUGGAGGCGAGACCACCAAGAUCAGCUUUAUUGGACUCAAAGGCGAGUUCUCCGAGUUGAAGCGCGAUCCGAUUAUCACGGUCUACGAGUUGCAGGCCAACCCCGCUGAUCAUAAGGUUCCAGGCAUCAAUGACGCCCUCCUCCCCGAGUUUGAAUAA